AUGGGGACCACAGAAGCCACACUACGGAUGGGAAAUGUGGAUGUGAAGGAGGAAUGGCAAGAUGAAGACUUCCCCAGACCUCUCCCAGAAGAGACAGGGAUGGACACCCUUGGCAGCCCCAUUGAAGAUACAUCCUCUCCUCCAAACACUUUAAACUUCAAUGGGGCUCAUCGUAAACGAAAGACACUCGUUGCUCCUGAAAUCAACAUUUCACUGGACCAAAGUGAGGGCUCUGUCUUGUCUGAUGAUUUCCUGGAUACCCCCGAUGAUCUGGACAUCAAUGUAGAUGAUAUCGAAACCCCAGAUGAGACAGAUUCCCUGGAAUUUCUAGGAAAUGGCAACGAGCUGGAGUGGGAAGAUGACACCCCUGUGGCCACUGCUAAGAACAUGCCUGGUGACAGUGCAGACCUCUUUGGGGAUGGGGCUACCGAAGAAGGUGGUGCUGCCAAUGGGCGACUGUGGAGAACAGUCAUCAUUGGUGAGCAGGAGCACCGAAUUGACCUCCAGAUGAUCAAGCCCUAUAUGAAGGUGGUAACUCAUGGAGGCUACUACGGUGAAGGUCUGAACGCCAUCAUCGUCUUUGCAGCCUGCUACCUCCCGGACAGUAACUCUCCAGAUUACCAUUAUAUAAUGGAAAACCUUUUCCUGUAUGUCAUCAGCAGUUUGGAGCUCCUUGUGGCUGAAGAUUAUAUGAUCGUGUACCUGAAUGGUGCCACCCCACGACGGAGGAUGCCAGGGAUUGGCUGGCUGAAGAAAUGCUAUCAGAUGAUUGACAGAAGGCUUCGGAAAAACCUGAAAUCCUUAAUUAUUGUCCACCCUUCUUGGUUUAUUCGAACAGUAUUGGCCAUUUCCAGGCCCUUUAUCAGUGUGAAGUUUAUCAGUAAGAUCCAAUAUGUGCACAGUCUGGAAGAAUUGGAACAGCUCAUCCCCAUGGAACACGUGCAGAUUCCUGACUGCAUCCAACAAUAUGAAGAAGAAAGAAUCAAGGCCAGGAGAGAAAGGUCAGAAGAAAAGCCAGAGACAAUGGAAGAAAGAUCUUCGGUGGUCACAGAAGAUCAGGAAACAAGGUUUGUGGACAAAACUUGGGAUUGGAUUCUUAAUUUCAGGGUUUUACAGAAUGUGAGCAUUAGGGGUAACUAA